UAAUGGAGUUUCUCCUGGUCAAUAGUCCGUUGGAUAUGGCUGUCUGGCGCGUGGCACUGGCGCUUGUGUCAGCGAACCAUACUUCCUAUCCAAAACCAGUUCACAAUUCCCCAUGCCAUACGUCAUACUCAUAAGUCAUACUCUUCCCUUCUAAACCCUUUUCUUUUUGUUUUGGCUUUGCUUCUUUCUUUUCUCAAAGUACCUGCUCCUCCAUUGCCAUUACCCGGUUUCUAUAAUCACAAUAACAAUCACAAAUACUUGUUCUGCAACCCACUCUGAAUUCCGAACAAGAGAAAAAAAAAAGUGAUCACUCUCCUUUGGCCUUUCCUCUCGUACCUUAAACCAAAACAAACAAUAUAUACAUUGUAGAAAACAACGAAGGGACAUGUCUUCUUCCACACAGGACGAAAUCUCCUUUGUCCUGCGUCAGUUUCUUCUUCGUUCCUCUGUCACAACCCACGAGAGUAACGACGACGCACGCAAUUCCAUGUCCAAAACUGCUCUACCAGAUGGGAUCUCAGCCUACAAGGGUUCUUCUGCUGCCAACGUGUCUUCUCUGUCGGUGGCAGCGAGUGAGAAUGAAACUGAUGACUUCGACUGCGAGAGUGAGGAAGAAGAGGUUCCAACUCCACCAAAGUCGAUUCGUUCUAGGAGUUCCUCCAAAAGGAACAGAGCUGCGGAAGUUCAUAACCUCUCUGAAAAGCGGAGGAGGAGUAGGAUCAAUGAGAAAUUGAAGGCUUUGCAAAAUCUUAUUCCAAAUUCUAACAAGACUGAUAAGGCUUCAAUGCUUGAUGAAGCUAUUGAAUAUCUUAAACAGCUUCAUCUCAAAGUACAGAUGCUGUCAAUGAGAAAUGGGUUGAGUUUGCAUACUAUGUUCUUUCAAGAAGGUUUGCAACCUCUGCAAUUGUCUCAGGUGCCGAGAAUGGAUUCAGGUGAAGAAAGCAGACUUAUCCCUUCAAACCCAACAGCUUCUCUGCCUAUGCACCAAGAAAACCCCAUGCACUAUUUGUCCAAUCUACCUAACAAACUCGCCAUGGCAGAUCAGCAAUCCGUGCCAACUCCAUCAUAUAUAAUCAACUCAGAAACUUCUUUCAGGCUGGAAUCUCCUAUUCCAGAAAAUAUAAGAUCAUUUCAACUCCGAAGAUUUCCCGAGAUGUGCAGGGAAGACAUAUUGCAGCACCAGCAUUUAAAUGCAAACCAUUAAGAUACCAAUCCAUUAGGCACAUUGGCUACAUCAUCACUUUCCUUUGAUAUGCAAACAUCUGCAGUUAAGGACAACAGCACUUUGGAAAAUGGCAUCAUUGGAAGUGAUCAAUCAAAAGUGAUACCAAGAAAUAGUGAGCCCAACAUUGUUCUGACCCCGCGGUUAAGUGGAAUGUUAUGAGCUAGAACAACAAUGUUUGAUGUAUAUCUCAAUGUCUCAAAUUUUGUUGGUAUGAGAUUUUUGUAAGACUACACAUAGGGGCAAAGCGCUUGCAAUGGUAACAAGACAUUGGAGUUUGUCAGGUUUGAUACCAAUGCCUAAGGAUUUUGGGUUUCCUUGUUAAUGUAGAAGUCCCUUAAUUUUAUUUUAUCAGUCAA